CCUCAAGCAGGAGAAGCUCUAUGCUGUCUCUCAGGAGAUUGGCGGAUCUUUCAGCCCGUGGGAGGUCAUCGGUACUCCACGGACGAUGUAGUUACCGCCUGGAUCGCGGGUGAAGAGAUGAGACGAGGCUGGGGACGUGAACUGUUGCGAGGCGUCGAAUCAGACAAGGCUGAUGGAGAAUGCGCGGGCCUUUUGCUGAUCCGUGGUGGAGGAGAGAAGCAAGCAGAUGGUAGAAGAGAGGAAGUCGUUCGGGGGGCCCAGGAGCAGGGCGAGGGCCUUCGGGGAUUGGACUUGGGCUGUGGGUUGGGCAGCGUCCUGAUGAUGGUGUGCUGGCAGCUCCCUCGCCUUCACGCAGUCGGGAUUGAGGCACAAGCAAGCUCGGUGGAGCGUGCGCGCCGCUCAUUACUGGUCAACGGCUGUGCCGAUCGCGCGUGUGUCCGCCAUGGAGAUUUUCGAAAUUUCUUCCCUUUGUCGUCGUCAGGCAGCGCUGCUGCCAAAAUCCGAACAUCCCUCCCUGCGCCCCCUCCACCUCUUUCUCCUCUUGUAUCCUCGUCCUCGUCUCUCUCUUCUCCUGAACCGAGGGCUUUCGAGGCCCGCACUUUUCAUCUCAUCACAGGCACCCCACCCUACUUCGACGGCCAUGGUGCCCCUGCUCCCUCCCACCCCGCAGAUCCACCUAUUUCUGUCACCUCGCUUU